AUGCGCCUAUUCUACGUGGUGCUGCUCACUAUGAGCACUUUACUUCUUAGCUGUGGCUCUGCUUUGGCUACUGAUGGCAAUGAGGGAACGCGGUCCCCGAACGUGGGGCACUCUAUUAACAGUGGUCCCACCAAUAAUGCCAAUAGAAUGCUGCGAGUCAGCAAGGAGACCGGAGAUGGAGAGAAUGUUGCUGCUGAGGAAGAGAGAGCUGGUCAAGGGCCUUUUAACAAGUUUCUCGGGAGAAAUGACCUCACAAAGAAGACAUUAUCCAGAAUGAUGAAGGACGAAGCGUUCAAACGGAACAUGUUCAAGAAUUGGGACAAUCACCAGCAGAGCGUCGGCAAUAUCCGAGAAAAAAAUGUUUCUUAA